AUGUUAGGCCUUUUGUUGCUUGCCCUCGUUGGCGUGGCUCUCGUGGCGGUACACAGAUACCUUCACCGACCAAGGCUGCCACCGGGGACACGGCCCUUACCUGGACCAAGGAACUUCCCCUUGGUCGGCCGUGUUCAUGAUAUACCAGAGACGGGAGCACACCUUAAGUUCUACGAAUGGAGCAAGCAAUAUGGCCCCAUAUACCAGAUGGAGAUAUUCGGAACCGUGCACGUAUGGAUAUCGUCCGAGGCCAUUGCACAUGAGCUGCUCUCCAAGCGGGCAAACAUCUACUCGGAUCGGCCCAUGAUCCCCAACCUUCCAAACAACCGCACAAGUGGUGAAUAUUUGGCGCUCCUCGGGCGUACUGAAACAUGGAAGCGGCAGAGGAAGUUGUGCAACCAUCUCAUGCACCUCGGGCAACGGGCGUCGCUUUACUCAUACCCAUCACUUGAACGAGACCGGUUCUUGUAUCUCAUGUACCAAGACCCAAGCAAGUACCUGGAAUGGAUUGAGCAGUUCACGACCAGAACCGUCUCGCGGCUUGCCUGGGGCACGCCCCGGCCGUCCCAAGUGCUGCGACACACCACGUUUGGCCUGCUUGAGACCAUCAGUCCCUCCGGGGCGUUGCCAAACAUUAUGAGCUUCCUCCGCCACGUGCCGGCGGCCAUCAGCCCGUGGAAAAAGAAGGAGAACACCCGUCAUGCCAUAGAGGAGAGGCUCUUCAGAGGCAACGUCGAUUUUGUCAAGCAUAGCAUGGCCAGCCACACGGCGAGUCCCAGUUUCAUCCGCACCUAUUUUGAGACCAAGGCGAGCGAGGCCGACAAGGACAAGACGAGAUGGGGGGACACCGACGAGGCCAUGCAUGUCGUCGGCCUGAUGGCCAUCGCGGGCGCCCUGACGAUUGGCAGCCCGAUCCAGAGCUAUCUGCUCGCCAUGUGCCACUACCCGCAGUGGCAGAAGGCGCUGCAGGAGGAGAUUGAUACGGUGCUGGAAGGGCAGUGCCCGCAGUGGGAGGACCGGGAGAAGCUUCCGCUGCUCCGUGCCGUGGUCAAGGAGGUCAUGCGGUGGAGGCCGCCGGUGCCGACAGGGAUUCCCCACGCCGUCGAGAAAGACGAUGUCUACGAGGGCUAUUUCAUCCCUGCUGGAGCCACAAUCCACGCUCUGGAAUGGGGCAUCACCCGCGACGAAUCCAUGUACCCCGACCCGGAGACAUUCAACCCAGGCCGCUGGCUCGACCCGUCAUUCCCGACGUACCGCGAGCCCCUAACGCAGUACCCCAACCUCAACGGGUACUCCCAGUUUGGCUUCGGGCGGCGGACCUGCCAGGGGAUCCCGAUCGUGGAGCAGGACUUGUUCCUCAGCAUGGGCGGCAUGGCGUGGGCGUUUGACAUUCGCAAAAAGCGCGACCCGGACACGGGCGCCGAGAUCCCCGUGCACUGGAACGACUACACGCCGCUGCUCAUCGCCAAACCCGUGCGGUUCCCCUUUGACGCAAUCCCCCGCUCGCCCGAGAAAGUGGUCCUCAUGCGCGACAUGUACGAGUCGGCACGCAACGAGCCCGUCCUCGGGCCUGAUCUGGACAUAAGCCAGUUCGAGCCGGACUUGGGUGAUCAGAUCUACAUUGACGAUGUGGCGGCGGCUUUUAAUAAUGAGAGUGAUGCCAACAGCGUCAGCAGUGACCGGGAUGCGGUUAUCCAUGUCGUCGAGUCCAGUCCUGAGCCGGACCUGGCCUUUUCGGAUUCGAGUUACUCGGAGCCUUCGGAAGGGUCUGAAUCCGAUAGGGAGCGCGAGAGGAUGAGACUGACGAUGAUGGGCGUGCCGCCGCUGGACCUGGAUCCGACCGGGAGGUUGGGGUUGAAGGCGGGUGGGAAUGAUAAAGCUGAUCCGUUGAUGCCCAUGCUCGCUGUCCCCGGCGCAUGGAACUGGGCGUGA